UGGCGGUGGAGGCCGCGCCGCGGGUGAGCGCCGUGCCGGGGCUGGUGCCGGGGCUGCGGCUGCACCGCCCGCUGACCUCCCCUCCUCUGCCCGCUACGGAGAGGCUCCGCAACCCCGCCGGAGAUGUCUGGGGCGCGGGAGAAGAAGCGAGCCAAGAAGAUGAGGAACCAGCCGGCCAGCGUCACGCUGCCCGCCGAGCCGGGGCCCUUCGGCGGCGGCGGGAGCAGAGCGUGCCCGAGCCCAGGAGAUGUUCGUUCUGAGCAGCAGCAGAAAUUUUCAAAUCAGUCAUCUGGGCCUUCUUACAGGAAAGACCAAUAUUUUUCAAAGGGCCAGAGUAGAGGAGAGAGAGGCAGAGGAAGAGGAGGAUGGCAAGGAGGACAUCAGAGUGUAUCUGAGGAGAUGCCAAAAUACAUAACAGUGUCUACCUUUGCUCAAGCUCGUGCUGCUGAGAUCAGUGCCAUGUUGAAAGCAGUUUCACAGAAGUCUUCCAACUCCCUGGUUUUCCAGACCCUCCCUAGGCACAUGCGACGGCGAGCAAUGAGUCACAAUGUUAAACGCCUGCCCAGGCGGCUCCAAGAGAUGGCCAGGAAGGAGGCAGAGAAAGCUGUACAUCAGAAAAAAGAACAGUCAAAGACUAAAUGCCGCAAAGCCAGAAGACGCCACAUAAAUUUGGUAGCAGAGUUUAAUCACAGGCAAAGAAAGAAUAUUUGGCUGGAAACCCAUAUUUGGCAUGCAAAGAGAUUUCAUAUGGUAAAGAAAUGGGGAUACUGUUUAGGAAACAGCCCUACAGAGAAGUGCUACAGGGCUUGUUACCGAGCCAUGACAAAGCAAUGCCUUCUUCAGGACUUAUCAUAUUAUUGUUGCCUGGAGUUGAAGGGUAACGAGAAUGAGCUUCUGAAGCAACUUGCUCGAAUAUGUAGCAUUGACGCAGGAUUGACAUUUCAAGAGGCUUCUUGUUUGUCUGGAAGAUUCGAGGGUUCCCUGAAUCUUUACCGAGCAGAUCGCUAUCCUGAGGAUAUGCUUGGUCCUGUUACAUUUAUUUGGAAGCCCAGGGAUGGGUCUGAAAACAGACAGUUGUGGAUCUGGGUGCAUCCAGCUCUGAAGCAGGACAUACUGAGAGAGUUAAAAGCAAUUUUUCAGUGUUCAGAGCCUGAAGAAAUCUGUAUUUCUGAGCCUGUUACAACAUCAAAUCAAGAGGAAAAACAAGUGGAAGUUAUGAGCCUUGGCAGUAAGAGAAAGAAGGAGGAUAAAGAAGGAGAAAAGGCUGUGCCAGUGAAAAAAAUAAUUGGUGACGGCACUCGAGAUCCAUUCCAGUCCUACUCUUGGAUCUCACGGACUACUGGCGUUGCAAUCAGUGACAGAAGCAUGGAGAUUCUCAGAUACCGGCUGAUCGGCCCAUUAUCACACUCCGUCCUUACAGACACCCUGAAGGCAGCCUCUGUCCAAACAGAGAUGGCAGAUUCAGAAACAGAACUGAAUAAUUGGUGGGUAGAAAACUGCAAGGACUCUGAAAAAGUAUCUCUUCAUCAGUGUCAAAGUGCUAUCUUUGAGCUAUUGGAAGGGAUGGGUUCACCAUCAGAUGUGCCACCAGGUACAAUACUUGGCCUCACUGUUGGAGAUCCUCGAGUCAAUUUGCCGAAAAAGAAGACAAAAGCCAUGCCAGAUUUUGAAAAGUUCCUAGAUAAUGAUAAAGUUAGGCAGCUGUACCUGAAGGGUGUACCUGCAGAGUGUGCUCACAGCUUUAUCUGGGACCAGAACAUCUGUAAGAACGUCACUGAAAACAAAAUCUCAGAGCAGGAUUUAAACCGUAUGAGAGCUCAGUUACUGGUACCUGGAUCACACCUUGAUUUGGGUCCUUGUGAGUCUAAGAUUCCCAUACUGUUGGUGCAGCAGCCAGGGAAAAUGGCUGGAGAAGAUCGACCGGGAUGGGGGAGUGGCUGGGAUAUCUAUCUCCCAAAGGGCUGGGGCAUGGCUUUCUGGAUUCCUUUUAUCUAUCGAGGUGUGCGAGUCGGGGGCUUGCAAGAGGCAUUAAAGCAUUCUGAAUACCAAAAAACACCUCACACUCCAAACGAUUUCCCAGACUGCCAGGCAGGAAUGCAGUUUGCCAAAGAACAGGAAACCAGUCUUCUUGAAAAAUUCAAACGACGCCCACCUGCAAAAAGGGCAAAUUAUGUCAAGCUGGGCACUCUGUCUCCUUUCAUCUGUCCUUGGGGGCAGCUGACCAAGAACUGGGAAGGAAGAAUGAAAGCUUCAGGAGGAUUUUUAUGUCCUUCUUCCCCACACCCUGACUGCUGCACAACUGAUGGGCAGACCCUUUGUGACCCCAAAGCAGAAGUGGUCAGAGAAGCGUCCCCUGAGAAUGGUGAGGCAGAGGAGACCAUGGAAAUAACAAGUUCUGAAGGUGCUCUAAAGACAGAGGAUGUUAUAAGCACCCAAGAUUUUGGUGAGAGAGAUGAAACUAAGACAAGUGACUUUAUUGUUCUCAGGAGUGAGAAACUACUAAUGCAGCUGUCAGCCUGGUGUUACCCCACUGCUGGGAAAGAUCGGCGAAUCCGCCUUAUUUCUCGGCUGGGUCAGAAGGAAAUGACUGAAGAUGUUUUCUUGCCAAUUUUGAUGAGCUACCCAAGGGCUCUUGUCUGGGUCAAUUUGUCACUGUUGAGAAAGGGGAACCCUGAAUUACAUGCCAUGAUUUGCAUCCCAACAGAAGAUGACUUGCUGCAUCUAAGCAAAGACAAACUCUUUUGUGGUCCACAAGAACCCAAGCAUCGUGACAUAUUCAAGGACAAGGUACAGAAGCAAAGAAAGGAGAAGGAGAAGAAGAAGAAGAAAAAGGAUAAUGUGAAGUCUCUAGAGAGUGACCCUGCAGGCAUUCCAGAUGAAGAAGCAACUGAGGACCAUGAAGACCUCAUUCUCGGUCUUUGGUCAGAUGCUCUCCCAGAUGUUACUUCCCACUGCUCCAGGAUUCUCUUGGGUUUUGUUUGAAAGUCUUGGGCGAAUUUAUUAAUGUUGGUUGGAGUUGUUGAAGGUAAGAUUUAAUGUGCCUUACUCCCAAAAUUAUUAAAAUAUAGGACCAUUUAAAUAUGGCACACACAUGGGGAAGGAGGAAGAACAUCUGAUUGCAAGGGAAAUACUGAAAGUUGGGCUGGGUUUUGCUUUUACAGUCUUCAGAAGCUGGACUGUAGAAUGUGCACCAGCAGUGGGAAUUGUGGUGGCAUGUGGGAAAGAAAGAUGCAGUUUUCAGCACAGCUUGGAUUGCAGCUCCCUGAGAAAUCCUGCUGAAUGGCUCCUCACUGCUCACCUUUGAUGCACCUGAUAAAGCAAUCAUGGUCCCAGAAAGGUCCUGGGAAGCAUCUGCAGGAAAGCCAGCAGAUGGCCCCAGAGGAAAGAGCUUGGUUCUGGCAGGGCUGGGAUUCACACGCUCCUGGCGUGUGACUGUGAGUGCUGCAGCCUGUAGGUAUGUGUGAAUAAGGAGCCCCUUAAACUUUACAGCCUGGCUGCUCUGAUCAAGUUCUCUCAUGGUAAUAAUCCUGGAUUUAAUGAACCUUUUGAAUUGUAAGCCCUAUUGAAAUAUUUCUAGGAUCACAGUUUCCAGAGCUGUUCUUCAUGGGAAGAAAGGAGGUUGAGGUGAUGUUUAUAUGAUUUUUUCCCUCAUCACCUCCCUCAUCUUCUUAAUAGAUAGAUAUUUUCUUGCCUCAGUAGAUCUGGCUUGUAUGUGAGAAAGAAAGAGAAGCCUGUACCCAAGCUAUCAUUUUUUUCUUUUCUUCUUGUAGAUCUUUUGUUCACUGAGUCUUUCCCAGGUUUUUAUUUUUUAAAAAAAACAUCUGGAGUCUUUCCUUUUUUUUUUCUUCCUAUUGGUAAUUUCUGCCAGGUUUUCAUUUUGACACUUCCUGUUACUUUUCUUUGAUUUCCAUUCUCUAUUUUUGAUUUAUGAUCCUUGUCUCUGGUGAGCCAGUGAACAGAAACUGGAACCCAAGUGCAUCCUGUUCUGUAUAUCUUGUAAUAUUGUUACACAGUUGUUUUCCUGUAAGUCAGUGAUUUAUGCCUUAAGACUUCACUCCUUGUAAAAUACACUGCAAACCAGAUAAGUUAAAAAUGCUCAAAACUCUCAGCCAAAAUUUGUCAGAAAAGUACUGUGACUUUAUGUAGCUGCAAGGAAAUUUUUAUCUGUGGUUGCAAUUUCCAGAUUCCGUGUGUCUCAAGGGUGAUUUAGUCAUAAAAACCAUGUCAACACCGGAUAAUCAAACUGUGGGUAAUUAAACCUGUGUUAUCUGUGCAUCA